AUGUCAGGCUUAGGAAAGGGAUUGUCCAAUUUGGGGCACUCGGUGAAGGACAAGAGCACGUCAUUUGGCCAUUCCGUCAAGGACAAAGGCUCCUCCUUGGGCUUAUCCGUCAAAGACCACGCCUACCGCAGAAAGCACUACUCGGUUGAUGAUGACCUACUACAUGACUUGUACCACAACUUGAAACAGACGCUGACAGCUUUGAAAUACUUGAGUGCUCAGACAGACCGCUUCCUGAAGAAGUACUGGCCCCAUGUUUUCGCCUCAAUGGCUAAGGCCACGAGGGGGUUUCUAGACUUGACUGGAGAGAACUCUCUUGAGUUCAAGGGCAUUGACGAAUACUACGACGCUUUUGACAAAAUCCUGAGCUUUCUGGAGCUGUUUGCCAUGCAUCCGAAGGAGAGGCAAACCACGAUACCCAGCAUCAACUUUGCCUUGACCAACUUCUUGUUCACUGUGGAUCAGAUGCGUGAGAAAGUAGCUUUGGAUUCAGGCGGCCUAGCCAAACUUGUGCGUCUGAAGAACGAUGAAAUGAGACUACAGCUCAAGCUCUCCAUGAACUUGAUGAAAUUGAGGACCAAGAGGAAGCUCAAGUACGAUGACCUCAAUAAGAAGACCCAUAAGCUCAUGAAGAAGAACGUGCCCCUCGAGGCAAAGGAGCAGAAAGAGCUCGAGACACUAGGCACAAAGUCAAGGGAGGCUGAGAGCGUAUACGAGAACAUCAAUACCCGUCUAAAGCUUAUUCUUCCAGAGAUUCUUGCUUUGCUCGAGGAAUACGUCGACCUGAUCACCAAGCUCAUCGUGAGCAGCCACACGCAGACAUACAAGCAGAUUGUGGAAGAGAUUCACGAUUUCAUGGAAUUUCACGGCUUCCCUCACGACGACAAGCGUGAAAACCUGGAGGAAUACCAAGCUAUCAUGGAUGCCUGGGAGACUGCCGUCACACCAACAAGACUCCGGAUUGAGUCUUUUGUUUCGUCCAUCAAGGACAGACACCCCGACAGAAUUGACGAAGAUAUCGAGGACAAGGACAAAUCCUCGAAGAUGUACAAGGCCUGGCUGCUGGCCACGCUGAAAGUCACCGAUAAGCUGCACAAGGUCAAACCCAAGGACCAUGUCAAUGGCAUCUUUGGCGAGUACAUGACCGCAGACCCUCUUCAGUCGUUCCUCAAGUAUGAAACAGAGGACAUGAACCAAUCAGAACGUUAUCACCCUCAGAAGAUGUUGAAAGUCACAGACGUUCAUGUUCCAGAGAGAGAUGUCAAGGCACCACCUCCACUUCCACCUCGUGAUGAUCUCCAUCCAAUAGCAUUAUCCCCACACAUUGGAGUAAUGCCCUCUCCACACACGGGUCAUUGGAAUGAUUACGAGGACUCAAUUGAUCAGGACUCGGACACGGAUCUCUCGUUAUCUUCAGAUAAGAGUGACGACGAGAAAUCGAUACUAUCAUCCGAUAUGCUAGCUGCGGACGUUCCACCAGACAAGAGCGUCCAAAAGCUUAAGGUCAUCUACAACGAGUCGAAGAAUGAUAUUGUGGAAUUUCCCAUCACAACGACAAAGUGGCCUCAUUUCAGUACCAAUAAGAAUGUUUUCGACAAGACCUUUUCAACAUCAUAUAAGUUGAUUGAACUUAAUAAGUUCUUUGAGAGUGCAUUGGGCUCCCUUGACGGCGAUGGUACCAAAGAACAAUGGGUUGCCACAGAGGACUUCGAAGGAAGAGAACCAGGUGAUCUCUCUUUCAAGGAGGGCGAUGUUCUUGACGUCAUUCUCGACCUCCAAAAAUAA